GAGACCAGUCCUGGGUGCGAAGGCGCAAUGCUGUACUGUUGGGGCGAAGGCGCCUCCGGGCAGCUGGGCGUGGGGGAUGCCGAGAUCCAGGAGCCGGUCCGGUUCCGCGCGGGGCCCGAAGCGUCCCAGAAGCGCGGGGUGGUGCUGGUGGCCUGCGGGGAGCGGCACACGCUGCUGCUGCACGCCGACGGCAGCGUCUCUUCUUGCGGGGACAACGCCCGGGGCCAGCUGGGCAGGAGGCUCCCCGCCGGGCAGCAGCGCAGCUCGGUGCCAGAACAAAUCCAAGCGCUGGAAGCGCAGGCAGUGAUCCACGUAAGCUGCGGGAAGGAUCACUCGCUUGCCAUUUGCAGCAAUGGAAGCGUCUUCUCUUGGGGAGCCGGCACUUUUGGACAGUUGGGCACUGGAGAACUUAAAGACCGCCUAAUCCCAAAGAAAAUUGAUGGCUUGUCUACAUUCAAAGUAAUACAGGUGGCUUGUGGACACUCCCAUUCAAUAGCCCUGACAAAAGAUGGCAGAGUCUUCUCCUGGGGGCAGAACAUCUAUGGCCAGCUGGGAAUUGGUAAAGAGGUCUCUUCCCAUGGCCGGCCGCAGCAUGUUACUGCCCUUGAUGGCAUCCCAUUGGCUCAGGUGGCUGCGGGCGGGGCUCAUAGUUUUGCCCUUUCCCUGCUGGGAGUUGCGUAUGGAUGGGGAAGGAACCACGUGCAUCAGCUGGGCUUAAGUCAAAGUGAUCCCAAAGAACAGAUCUACAAGCCGUACUCAGUGGCGGCUCUGAGGAGCCUCGGAGUGGUCUACAUUAGCUGUGGGGCUGAGCACACGGCUGUCCUCACUCAGGAUGGCAGUAUUUUCACAUUUGGAGGUGACUCUGCUGGGCAGCUAGGGCAUAGCUCUUCUACCCCGAAAACUGGGCCACAGAAAGUUGACUGGAUUGGCGGUGCCGUAUCCCACCUGGCUUGUGGAAGCUAUCACACUCUUGCUUAUAUCUCUUCUUCUGGCGAGCUGAUAUCUUUUGGCCGUGGAUGCAGCGAACAGGCUGAGAUGAACAGCUUUAACAUUAGUGCACUUAUUUCUCCUAAUGAAUUAUUGGACAUCCCGGUAAAACAGAUUUUUGCUGGAACGUAUGUCAACUUUGCCAGCACGGUUCAGCCACAGGUUCCUGAACACACUAAUGGAGCUGGCCCAGUUGAAUCCUUGCCAAAGAUUAACCAAAUGAACAGAACGCUGAUUCACAAGUGGAUGUCAGCGACAGCAGAAAGUGAAACACGCCAAAAGGCGAAAAGAGAAAUAGAAGUGAUAUUUUCUUCUCCUGCCUGUUUAACUGCAAGUUUCCUAAAACCAAGAUCUGCUUUGGAAAUUGGCUGCUGUGUAGUAGUUGACUUACAGAAAGCAAGAGACAUAUUCAGCGAGCUUACCCAGAGAGACUGGAUUGCUGGCAGGAUCGCGUUCUCUCUGCGGAACCAUCUGAUCCCCUCUCUUCCGCUGACUUCUCCUCACCAAGAGGCCCUUCAGUGCUUCCUUCUGCUGCCUGAAUGCUCUGCUGCUCUUGAAGCACAGAACCUGCAGUCCUUGGCUGAGCCCUUGGCAAAAGCCAUCAGCAGCAUGAGCAAGCGCUCUUCAGACCUUCUAGAAAAAUACUGGUUGUCCUUGCCGGCCUCUUUUUCUGACAGAAUUGUUCAGAUGUUUAAGAAGGCUGUGGUGUCUCAGCUGCCUAAUUAUUAUAUUGUUCCCCACUGCCAAGCAGUAAUUCCAAUUUUGGAAGUGCUUCAAAAACUAUUCAAGGUAAACAAGAAGGCCGGCUACAAACUCCAACUGAACAGUUUCUACGUUGAUAAUAUCGCUGAGAAAAUUAACCUUUUUGUCGAUUUAGGAAGAUGGCACGCCUGGAUUGAAAAUCUUCAUUCUUUGCCUCUCACUUCUUUCUGCCGCUUUCCUUUUGUUUUCGAACCUGUGUCCAAGAUGAAACUGUUCUACCUUGAGUCUGCUGUUGUGCAAGAGAGCAUAAAGGCAGAAGCCCAAGAAUUAUUAUUCCACAACCGAAUAAACAGAGUUGGUGAAUACCCCACACUGCCUUUCUUUCCCUUGCGGGUAAAGCGCCAUAACCUUGUAGAGGAUACUUUGCACAAAUUGAAUCGGGUGGAAGACAAUUCCCUGAAAAUGCAGCUGUUGGUUGAGUUUGAAGGAGAAGAAGGUCAACGUGGAGUUGGCAGUAUGUUGAUCGAAUUCUUUUUGUAUGUGUUUGAGGAGAUGACCCAGCCUGAUUAUGGGCUGUUUAUGUACUGUGAGAAGAAUUCUCCGAUGUGGUUUCCAACGAGGCCUUCAGCAGAGAUGAAAAAGUAUUACCUCUUUGGAGUCCUCUUCGGGUUGGCCCUCUGCAAUAAGGUCAUUGUCUAUGUACCUUUUCCACUUGCUGCCUUUAAAAAAUUGGUGGGUGAAAAGCCCUCUCUCGAUGACCUGAAAGAACUGAGCCCAGACUUGGGAAAGGGUUUACAGGCAGUUCUUGAUUAUGAAAAGGAUGAUAUGGAAGAAAACCUUCAACUAUGUUACAAUAUAUCCUGGGACAAGACAGAUGUAGAUUUGGUUCCAAAUGGCAAAUCAGUACCUGUGAACAAUGCAAACAAGAAGGACUUUGUCAACAAAUAUGUGGAUUAUAUCUUCAACAAAUCCGUGGAAGAAGUUUUCAAAGAAUUCAAGAGGGGUGUUUUUAAAGUCCUUGACAAGCGGAUCGUUGGCUUCUUUGAGCCACAGGAGCUGAUGGAGGUGGCCAUUGGGAAUGCCAAGUAUGACUGGAACAUGUAUGAAAAGAAUGCUGUAUACUGGGGAAUAUAUAGUCCGACUCAUCCUACCGUAAGGAUGUUCUGGCAGGUUUUCCAUGAGCUAACUUUGGCUGAGAAAAAAGGCUUUCUAUUAUUUGUUGCAGGAAAUGAUCGAAUCCCGGUAAUGGGAAUGGAGUCCGUUCAUCUAACUAUUCACUCACAUAAGACAUUUUCAGAAGGUCAUCUCCCUGAGGCCCAGACCUGCUGCCAUCUUCUACUUCUUCCACCUUAUUCCACAAUGGAAAAACUAAAGGAGAAACUUCUCCUGGCCAUUCAGAACAAUCAAGGCUUUGGCAAACAGUGAAAUUACGGAUUCAACAGCCACAUAGAUAGGAGACUGAGAGUGAAACUUUGGUAGCUUAGUCUUUCUUUCAUUACUGAGAAAUUUAAAGAAAUCUGCAGAAACCAUCAACACUGGGCUCAAAAUUCUGACUGUUGGCCCCCCUAGUUUUUUGCAGAGGUUGUCCUUUUCCUCCCAUCCUUGGGAAGAAAGCUGCUCAGAUGGUUGGGUUUUAAAGAUUAUUAAACAAGGGUAGAAGUUAAGUGUUUAAGCAAAUGCCCUCUUGGUAUCCCUCCAACUCUACAAAGGGGCGACGCAGAAAAUUGUUAAUGAUAGUUCAUGCAGUUUUUAUUCCCUUUGUCCCCCCAGCUGGGGGGCAAAACACCCAUUCUUGAUUUAAGAAGAUUAUACGAAUUUCUGAAUGUUUCUAAAUUCUGAAUGGUACUAGAGCUGUUACCAUCUAAAGUCUGGUUUGUGAUAAGAGAUCUCAAGGAUGCAUAUACGUUGCUCAUCUUAGUCACAGGAAGUUCUUUCAUUUCCAGUAUGGUGGCUUCAGUACACAUUGCCGCCCUUUUGGCUAGCCCUAGCACCAAGGGUCUUUACAAAAUAUAUAGCAGUGGCUCAUCACAGUGCAGUCUAAAAAGCUGUUAUCCACUCAUGUGAAUUUAGUUAUUGUGGCGUGUUGUUUCAUGGGUCUAUUAGUAAACUGGGAUAAACCCAGACUUUGUUCUACAGUAGUCAACAUCUGUCAAGGCUGAGACAUGGAAGAUAUUAAUGCAGUGACCCAGAAAGUAUUUAUGAUGGAGAUCACAGAUUUCUUUACAGAUUGAUUUUUACAUUGUCUAUAAUGGCCUGUCGAUAGAGACUAUUCCUAAUAAAAUACCUCUUGCUUUAGA